CCUCCUCCUCCCCGCCGCUUACCGGACUGCAGGUCGUCCGAUUCGAGCUCUUCCGCCGACCAACCCUAGCCUGCCUGAUUCCGCCCUACUAACUCCUUGCAUUUCAUCCAGUGAGUCUGGUGGUGCGGCUGCUUUGCUUAGUGGAGCGCCGCCAUGUUCGAGCCAACGACCCCCGCCCUUGCUGGGAAGGGCUUCGGGGCGCGGCACCGCUGGAAGAUGCUUCUCUCGCUGGGGCUGGGCGUCGCCGGCGCCGGCUACGCCGCCUACCGCUUCUACAACGCGCACCAGAAGAAGCUAGUCCAGGUGGAGGAGGAGGAGGAUAUCAUCAAGCAACAGUUGCAAGGCCAGUUUGAAGAGGUGAAGGAGGAGCAGGAGGAAGGGAAGGAGGAGCAAGAGGAGCAAGGGGAGGAGGAGGAGGAGCAGCAGCAGCAAGUUCUUCCUCCUUUGCCGGAGGCAGACAGAGAUUGGAAGUCUUACUACUACCGCAGCUGGGAUCACGUUCUACCUCCACCAACAUUGCAGCUCGCAAGUAGUCUGCCUCGCAUCCCCAGACAACCACACAAGACAAAAUGGAGUAAGUAA